CGCUCACCACCCGACCCUUGCCUGAGUCGCAAAUGAGAAGAGAGCGAGGCAGAGGCUGAGGCAUUUCGCAGUGCUUGCGGCAUCCAACAUGUUGGUGUUUCUGCGUCGUCGAUGCCUCAGUGAAGACGCGGAAAGGCAGAGUCAUGUGACUGAUGACUCAAAGCGCAGAUCAGAGAGGUGAGAGGUCCGAGGCCGCGGGUGCUCAAGACGAUACCAGUGCCCAGUGGCAGCAAUGCUACGAUCCAACGGCGAAGUUGGUCUCGCCCAUGGCUCUCCCAGACAUUAUUGUCGUCCAGCAGAAUGGUUUCGGACGAUCAAUGCAGAGCACCAAACGCAAUCUGGUCUUUGCACGAACCAUGUCGACGCCAAUCGUGCCCCUGUCGCCAUCCUGACGUUCCGUGACAACGAUGCCACGAUCAGGUCACGAAGAGAGACUGCGAUGACAACGAAGCGACGGAUGUGUGCCAGCUCCAUCAGACGACAACUGGACCAAGUGCACACGAACGAGCCCAGGAGGGAGAGCACGGUCUGGGUGUGGCCGGAAGAGCAGCCCUGGUGACGACGACUGUUCCUGGGGCUUAGGGGGGCGCUGUGCAACGCCGCAUUCGAGCACUCGCGCAUCACGCUAUACUCAAAACCAGACUGCAUUCUCGUCCAAGCGCGGUUGUAAGGAGUGUCCGGCCAGGAACCAUCGGACACUACCAGGCCCGCGCUAGUGGUUAUCUGCGAAAUAAGUCCAGGGCACGCCAGAGGGCACCAUCAGGGCAAGCCUCUUCAGCCGUGCGAGCCUGGAGCGAGCGAUCACGACGGACGAGAUUUGUCGCUGUGUGCAGACAUGAUCGUGUCGCCUCUGCCAGCCGAAAGGGAAGGAAAAGGACUCAGCCUAGGGUUGUUGGCCUGCACCAGCGACAGUGGCCCGAAUGGUUUGUCGACCCCGUUGGUGAAACUUAAGCAGCCUCAGCACGCCCACAGCCAACCAAGACGCCUCGCCUCGUCUCCUGCCGCAGAACGUUUCUCAGCGCAUACACCCGCCAAUUCGUUGCACAUUCUGAACCCAUUCUCUCACUCAUUCGCCGUGCAGUCGCUGUCCUUUCUUCCCCUUCAGUUGCCCGUAUCGAGCAUCUUUACUACUUCUCUUUAUUUGUAAUAACUUUUAUGGAAUUGUAGACUACGAUACAAUCCUUCGCUGCACGACUGCCAUAGUAUUUAGGGGGGGAAAGCCUUCGUUCAAACCCAGGCGACGCAGACGAGAAGGACGACCGCGCUAUGGCGAGCCCGUCGCGGCAACGAGCCAGCGCUACCGCCGAGCCGAAUCCCAACGUCUUCGACGACGAGUACGAGGUCGACGUGCCAGAGGCCGAGCUGGAUCAUCGGCCCCUGGACCGCUCCACACGACAGGAGGCAGACACACCUGCACAGACACGAUCACACACGCCUUCAAACGGAAGCAGAACUGAGCGACGCUCAAUAGUGAAUAAAGAGGCGAACGAGAGCAACACGCAGCAGCGCACAUGGAGGAGAAGUAUAGCGAAGGAUCCCAGAGAUUUCGCGACCGCAGGGUCAGGAGGCACACGGACGCCAGGCGACAAUCAUUCGCUAUCUCGUCACCGCCCAAUGAGCACCGCGUCAGAAUUCGCGCCGUUUGAAGACCGAUCUAGUACGCCAGUGAAUGGUCGCAAUGCCAGUGUUGACGGCUUCAGCGGCUUCUCCCAGUCGGGACUUCCCCGUUCGUCGUUCGCUUCGCAUUCGCCGUCUCGGCGGCAGAGUUCUAACUCCAGAGCGAGACCCGCCCAGCCAUACGCGCUGUACAAUCAGACAGGGUUUGCUGCGGACGACGACGAUGGCCCCGUGCCACCCCUUCCCGUCGGCUUCCUCGGAGGGAGAGACAAUUUCGAGCGAAGAAUCGGUCCGGACGGGGAAGAGCAGGACAUCGUCGGGCCGGACGGACAUACGGAACAGUUACCACCCUAUUCUAAAUAUCCAGAUGGACACACCAAGAUCGCUGUUGAUGACGCUGCGGCCAUACCGGCGGGGACGCGAAUAUUAUCACCGAUUCUACCUAGUCCAACGAGCCCGAUAGUAGAAAGGGCCCAGAGAACACCAGCUCUGGAGGCGGCUGCCCUCCCCGCAUCAAGCAGUGGUAGCGAUUCGUCGUUGAGCGAGAAGAAGCCUUGGAAAGAGAAGACGUUCACGGAGAAGAGACGCACAAAAGUCUGCGGGGGUUGCAUCCCGCUGUGGAUGGUUGUCACAGUUGUCGUUGUAAUAGUCAUUUGCACAGCAGUCAUCGGCGGUGUUGUGGGUGGUCUACUGUCUGCUGAAAGCAAGCGAAACCCUCCUACGGUGACCGUUACAAGCACCGCGUCUAUGCUGGACGCAUCGCCAAUACCGACGCCAAAAGGAAUUGCACCAAUCGCUAGCGGCCUGUACAACAUGCCUUUUGGAAUCCCUCAGGAGCAGCAGAAGAGUUGCCUAACCAAUCCCAAUCAGUACAACGCCUGGACGUGCAACACACCCCCUCAACCCGCUCUUCUGAAGGUUGACUCCCCGCCUUCGGCACCUCAAUUCAUGGAAAUGUUCCCUAACAGAAGCGUGGCAUCGUCCUCGUCAUCCAGCGGAGCGCCACGCUAUGAAUUUAACUACGGGGCACAAUAUCCAACGGUCACUACGCCACAGCGAUUGUACUGGGUAAUUGACGUGGAGGAACCGAACUUGGGACCUGCUCUACAUUUCCAGACGAUGUACGACAAGCUUGUCAUUUUAGACAGCGACCAAUUCUCCCCGAGCAAGGCAAAGGCCAAGCGUGAUCAGGAAUACGGUUAUGGAGCGCCAGUUUCCUACAGCUCCGUUCCAGCGUACACAAUUGUCGGACCGCCAUAUUACGCGACCCCGGCUGCAGCCUCGAGCUCAACUUCGUACUCCAUUCCGACUGGUGAUCCUCACCAUCGCAAAAAUUCCGUGUCUGUUGGCGAUCAACCUUGGUUCUGCUGGUGGAACCAGACGUGGCUCGAAGGCUUCGUAUACAUGAAUUCUUACGUAGGCCCAAGCCAAACGCAUCUAACGAAAAGAGAAGCGGGCCCUGAACCGACGCAGCCACCUGCACACGGCAUGUUCCAUCGCGAAGCCAACACUCCAGACGCAGGCUACCCGGACGCUCGGGAUCUAUGGCGCAGAGCGAUUGCAGAAUAUGGAAAGCGAAUGGCGUCCUCAACAUCUACAAACACAUCAUCCAGCUCGUACAUCUCUUCAACGCCUACUCCGUCGUCCGCACCGCCGUUCCCAUACACAAUGAAGGUGCAGGAACGCCGGAUUCCUUGUGAACAGACGGUGCAGCCCUACUGCCAGCGAAUGGUCAUUCCAGAGUCAGGUCCGCCACAGCCUCUCCUCGAUAGUUCCAACAACCCCGUAAUUGUGCCUAUCAGUGAAGACUCGCCGAGUUUCCAGGUUCAGCAGAACGAGUUGAAAUCAUCAGCCGCAGCGUCAGGCAAGAGCAAGAGAGACACGGAACACAAGCAGCUGGCUGAGUUGUUCAGAAGAGACGCCAGUCAAAACUCAUGUCACUGCGUCUGGAUGUCCUCCCCAUCAUCUUAAAGUACAACAGACGCCACUCUUUCCCUUUUGAACUAGUUCUUUACCGUAGAUUACCCUUUUUAUUUGUUCUAUGCAUAGCAGUGCGGGAUGUUGGGGCGUUUAGAACGUGUGUGUGCGUGUGUGUGUGUGUGUGUGUGUGUGUGUGUGUGUGUGUGUAUUUUUACCAUAUCACCUCACUGUUCUUUGCUUUUUUUUCUUCUUUUUCUAUCUUCUGGGAUAUUGAAUUGAAAGGAGGCAAAGGAGCGAUCAAAUGCAUCGCAAUGGCCGGAUCAUGCGGACACGAUAUAUAUACAUAUGUAUGAACAGAGCACAAAUAUGUGGAGUAUCAAAUUAAAUCUAUCUUAACAGAGGACGCCUUUGCCCUCUUU